CUGUAUCCCCAAGGCAUUCUAAAUCAUUGGUAUUAUGGCAUCACCCAUGUUCUUCCUCCUGCUGCUCCAGUCUUUUCUUGUUUCUACUUCCGCUACUUCCACCACUUCUUUACUUAAUCAAACAGAAACUCUUCUCAAAUGGAAAGCCAGUCUUGACGACCAAAGCCAAAGCUUCCUCUCUUCUUGGGUUGGGAACAACCCCUGCAAUAAUUGGGUUGGAAUUGCUUGUGAUAGAGUUGGAAGCGUCACCAACAUAAGCCUUUCAAAUUUUGGUCUCAAAGGUACACUCGACAACCUUAACUUCUUGGCCUUCCCCAACCUAAUUCACUUUGAUGUUGGUAAUAAUUCACUUUAUGGGGCCAUUCCUUCUGACAUCGUGAACUUGUCCAAACUCACUUUUUUCAAUUUGUCUAGUAAUGGUAAUUUUUCUGGAAAUAUUCCCAAGGAUAUAGGAAGGUUGAGUUCGCUUACCGUACUCGACCUUGCUUGGAGCCAACUUAAUGGUUCACUUCCUGUUUCUGUAGUAAAUUUAAGCAAUCUGUCUUACCUUGCAGUCGCUGGCAAUAACCUCAUUAUUAUUCUUUUCCUUCAUCUCAAUUCCUUUACUGGUCCAAUCCCUGCAUCAAUAGGAAACUUAAGCAAUUGUCAAUGGCUUUACCUUUCUGAAAAUGAGCUAUCUGGUUCUAUUCCUAGUGAAAUAGGAAGGUUGAGUUCACUACUUCAAUUUCAACUUCAAGGCAAUAGGCUCAAUGGUUCUAUACCUCAAGAAGUUGGGAUGAUGAGAUCUCCUUAUUUGCUUGAUUUUUCUAGUAACUCGCUAACUGGUUCAAUCCCUACAUCAAUAGGAAAUUUAAGUAACUUAGUGUAUCUUUACCUUUAUGACAAUAAGCUCUCUGGCUCUAUUCCUAGUGAAAUAGGAAUGAUUAAUGGUGCACUUCUUAGCUUGCAAUUGUCAGAAAAUAAUCUCACCGGUGUUAUCCCUGCUUCUAUAGGAAACUUUACAAGACUUAGAGAGCUAUAUCUUUCCAAUAAUAGCUUAUCUGGUCCAAUUCCUGUAGAAAUGAAUAACCUUACUACUUUGGUACAUUUACAAUUGCGUUAUAACAACCUUGUUGGCAAUUUGCCUGAGAAUAUUUGCCUUGGGGGAUUUCUCACAAACAUUUCAGCACAAAACAAUCAUUUCACGGGUCCCAUACCAAAAAGUCUGAAAAAUUGCUCUAGUUUAAUCAGAGUACGGCUUGAAGGGAACCAACUUGAUGGGGAUAUAACAGAGGCCUUUGGGAUAUAUCCCAAGUUGGAUUAUAUUGAUUUGAGCAAUAAUAAGUUGUACGGUGAAGUUUCUCCAAAUUGGGGUCUUUGUCCUAACCUUACAAGCUUGAGGAUCUCCAACAAUAAGGUAUCUGGUAGGAUACCUCCUCAGCUAGCUCAAGCCACUCAAUUGAAUGGGCUUGACCUCUCUUUAAAUCAGUUGAGUGGGGAGAUUCCUAAGGAAAUAGGCAAGCUGACAACCCUGGUUUAUCUCUUGCUAAAUGACAACCAACUCAUUGGCCGAAUCCCACCAGAGAUAGGAAACCUGGUUAAUCUGCAACAACUUAGCUUGGCAAGGAACAAUCUGGUUGGACCAAUUCCAGAUCAACUUGGGAAUUGCUUCAGGUUAUUACAAUUGAACCUGAGCAACAAUCUAAUUGAGGAAAGUAUUCCAUCCGAAAUAAGCAAAAUAUUUGCCCUUGAAACUCUUGAUUUGAGUUGGAAUAAAUUAACAGGAGAGAUUCCACAAGAGCUUGGAGGAUCACGUGUGUUGGAAAUACUGAAUCUUUCUCAUAAUAAGCUCUCCGGUUUCAUUCCUCCUACUUUUGAUGAAUUGAAGAGCUUAACAUAUGUUAACAUCUCUUAUAAUCAGUUAGAGGGCCCUAUCCCACUUAUUAAAGCUUUCCUUGGUGCCCCAUUCAAUGCUCUUAGAAACAAUAAAGGUCUCUGCGGCAAUGCCACUGGCCUCCCGCAUUGUUUAUCCAAAAGCCAGAAGAAAAGCAGCAGCGGACUCGUAAUUUUAAUCAUUACACCAGUUUUGGGCGUUCUAUCUCUGUUAUUUAUCUUGGUGGGGUGUUUACUUCUUGUUCGUCAUAAAAAAUCUGAGAUGAAAGAGCGCCAAUUUCAAGAUAUAUUUGCCAUAUGGGGAUAUGAUGGGGAAAUCCUCUAUGAAAACAUUCUUCAAGCUACGGAGCAAUUCAACUCCAACUAUUGCAUUGGCUCAGGAGGAUAUGGAAAUGUUUACAAAGCUUUGCUGCCAACUGGUCGAGUUGUUGCGGUUAAGAAACUUAACCUAUCAGAUGACAAUCAAUCCAUCAAUUUGCAAGCAUUUGAAAGCGAGAUUCGUGCUUUAGCGGACAUAUGACAUCGUAACAUUGUCAAGUUGUAUGGUUUUUGUUCUAAUGCAGAGUAUUCAUUCCUGAUCUAUGAGUUUGUAGAAAGGGGGAGCUUGAGGACAGUUUUGAGCAACCCAGAAGAAGCGGCAGAGUUGGAUUGGGAUAAGAGAUUGAACAUUGUUAAAGGGUACAGACAAGUAAGCAUUUGGGGUUGCAUUUGGGAGUGAGAGGCACAACGAUUCUAGAGUAGUUCCUUGGUUUAGUUUAAGUUAUUCUGGAUUGUUGAAUAAUUAGAAUUGAAGAUCUAUUUGCUAUGACUUGUUGCUAUUAAAUUUUAUGUUGGAUUUUAUGAAGUGAGAAUUAAGUGUUUUGGAUUUGAAAAACUUCUCAUACAUGUUAAUAAAGAUGGAGUUUCCUA